AGCCCACGCAGUCUUUGGUCUCGCCUCGGUUCCUGAGUUGGGGAAUCUGCACCUCCAGUGGUCGUAGUAUCCACACAGACCUCGUUCCUGUCAAGGACAGAGAGGGGGAACUUGGACAGUUUCUGUGGCCCAGAUUUCUCAAGGGAGAGAUAGAAUGAGUAAGAGGAAGAAGCUUCGAACCGCAGGAAUCCAUCCCCCAAAACCUCCCAAGAACCCACAGCCUGGAGAUUCCAAUGGGGACUCCCAAAGCUCCAAGCUGGGUGGCUUGCCACCCACCAGUGAAUCAGAAGAUAGCCUGACAUCUGCUGCCCCUGCAGAGCCCAGCAGGCAGGAGCCAGGGCCGGCCAUCUCCAGCUUGCCUCAAGAGGAGACCAUAGCUACCUCUUUCCUGGGACAACCAGAAAAAGAAGCUGCCCCCCUCCCUGCUUCCCAGACCUCUCUCGGAAGAUUUGUCCCUCAGUUUGCAAAACCCAGGAAGACAGUGACAAGAAAAGCAGAGAUAAGAGAAGAGGAUCCAGAGAGGAGGGCUGUUAGCCUGGAAACCCUGCCCAGCCCCAGUGCCCCAUGGCUGCUGGAGGGAUUCCUGGGGCCAGGAGAGCUGAUGGCCAAAGGCAGCCCCCACCCUGAGCAGAGUGGCCAGAAGCCCGGGUCACCUGUGCCUGGAGAAGGGACAGGAUCCUCUAACUCGGAGACAGCUGGCCAGGACCCAGUGUCGGAGGAAAGGACCAGCACAGUGGACGAUGGGAAUGACGUGGGCAGCAGUGGGCCUGAGGAGGCACAGGGCUCAGGCAGCCUGGAAGGACAGCUGCCCUGCAGUGGUGCUGAAGGAACACAGCCAGACCAGGGAGCCCCCCAGGAGAAUGGCACUCAGCACAGGACCCCAGAAGGAGGAGGCAGUAUCACUAGUGCCCCUGUGCGCACUCCCACCUUGGCCACACUGUGUGUGAAGACCUGGGCGUCAGUCCAGGACCACCCAGGCCCCAGGCAGAUACCCAGAGGGACAGGUGGGCAAGCAGAGUGCAAAUGGGAUGGCCCAGCAUAUGCCCCCCUGGGGACCACUAUCAUAGAAAACAUGAGCACAGAUGCCCCAGAGACAAAGCAGGGGAUCCUGGGGGUGGCCAGGCCAGGUGUGCAGGCCGAUACCACACCUUCUGCCUCUCCCAUGGAGCAGACCCCACAGGGUUGUGUGUCUCUGUCUGAGAACACUGCAGGGGGCAGGGGAGAGAUAGGGCCAGAAGACAAGCCCUCCAGUGACAUGCCAGGGAGCCCUGCGGCCUUUCCAGCUGUGAUUCUGGGGAACCAAGAGCCCGCUCUGGGUACUCAAGACCCUGGCCACCCAGAACUGGACAUGGGUCCAGGCGUUGAUGAAACCCAGGCACCUGUUGUGGAGUGGCCAGAAAGGGCUCAGCUUGGGGAUAUAUGGGCAGUGGAGUCAGGCAGCCAGCACCUGGAAGGAGGCUGUGUGGGGCUCAGUCCUGUCCUCCCUGCCUUGAGUCCUCUGGAACACAGGGCUGCUGCCAGUGGCCAUAUCUUGGAGGCCAAGGCCCACCCAGGAAGCCUAGAAACCCCCACACCCCCACCAGACCCGCUCCAGCACCCCCUAGACUCUGCAGGCCAGGCUGAGUGGGCAGAGUCCUCAGCCAUGGAGCUUGACUUCCUGCCCGACAGUCAGCUGCAGGAUGCCCUGGAUGCCCCCAACUUGGAAGUCCUACCUGAGCAGGAUGGUCCUACAGGGAAUGAGUCAGGCCUCUGCAGGCCUGGCCCCAAGCCUGGUGCCAGCUGGGGAGACCGAGUCCUGGUGGCAGAGGACCAGCCAAGGAUGGAGGAUGCCUCCAGCACAGUUUGCGGCCUCAUCGUGGAGCUUUCUAACCUCAACCGGCUGAUCAUGAGUGCUCAUCGUGAUUUAGAAGCCUUCAAGCGCCUUGGCUCCAGGAAGGCCCGGCCUUCACCCUGCAUGGCAAAGGGGGCUGGGGCCAAGUCCUGGGGCGAACAUCCCCGGAGGGAUCUGUAGGCUUCUCUGCCACCCUUUUCCUUCAGCUCCCACCUGGUGUUUCGUUUCCAAGAUGCUCCAGGAGUUCCUAGAAAUGCCCCCUACCAGCUGGAAGCCAGCCUCCCAAAGACAGGGGAACCCCAGGUAGGGUGGGGCCUCCUGUGGGGGCCAAGCAUAGGUAAUGCUGUGAAGCCCAGAGGCAGCUGCUGGCACUCCAGGAAGUCGGUUGAAUCCUGUGUCUGAGGCUUGUCUGAUUUGUAAAAGGUUAGAUUUGCAGUUUCUCUCCUAGAGGAACACAGGGCCCCCUUUGUUGGUUUUAUCCCCCCCCCCUUUCCAUUUUAUUUCUUCCGGGAAGACCAGU